CAUGCUGGUGCAGAGUGAACCACUGACGGUGGUCCUACCUCAGUUUCUCCGGUGGAUACACAGCACAAAGGAGGAGGUGGCACGACGUACUGGCUUCCAGUACUAUCCAGUUUUAGCUGCCCACAGAGGCUUGCGAUUCGACGUGCCAAUUCUACUCGCUGAGAUCGAGAGGAGACCAAAUAAACUGACGGCCUCAGCUCUUGUUGAAGAAAACAUUCACUUUGCUGAUACACUUCAGUGCCUAAAACAGGCUAAAAAGGAAGGACACCCCGCCCUUCAAGACGUACAGAGUUUGAGUUUGGCCAACUUACACUCACACUUUGCACCUGAAAAACCACAUCAAGGUCAUCGAGCCCUUCGUGAUGUGGAAGCGAUGGAGGAUAUAUUCCGCAACGAAUCCGUCCACAAUCUACUUACAUCUCUGUCUGUACAAACAGCCACAGUUACGAUCCAAAAAUGGAGGAAACAGAGAGAGCUAAGAAGAAAGAAGAGAAGCCUAAGGGAUUCUCUGGGACAAACGAUCACAGACAGCCAAGCUCAAAGUCUAUUGAAAAAAGGUCUCGGUUUUUCAAAAUUAUGUCGUCUUCGGGCAACAUUUUUAGUCGACGACGACUUUCAAAAGGAGCUGCAGAGGAGGAAGGUUGGGAGCCAAAAC